AUUUCCCCCCAAGAGAACCUCCGCCCUCUGAAGCGAAGGGGACGAGACUUGUAAACAACCACGUCUGAAGUGAAGGUACAUUUAUGGCUAGUACCUACCAGUCAUCCUAUGCACCUAGCACCAGCCAACAUGGCAGCACUUACUACACUCAAAGCCAUCAUCACCAGCCGUCGACAACCAGACUCGAACUACCUCGUAGCAUCUCCACCACCAACCUGCAGAUGACCAAACAGUGCCAAGACUACGUUAGAAAUGACCUCUGCUCCACCUUCCCUGGCGGGGGGACCUGCUUUUUCAUGCAUCUUCCAGGCUACACCUUCACCAUCCCCCACCUGGCCGAGUAUCCUCCCGACUUCCGCCAGUUUGUGUUUGACCGCAUCAUCGACCAGGCGGCCAAGAGGUCCCUCGAGGAGGAGAACUGCCUCAACUGGUUCCCACAGGCCACUAAACUGCAGCCUCUCAACACCACGGGAGACGGAAACUGCCUCCUGCAUGCCGCCUCGCUAGGGAUGUGGGGCUUUCAGGACCGGGACCACUUUCUCAGGAAUGCAGUGUCUCAGGCCGUGCAACAUGCGGCACAGAAGACUAACACAUUUUACAUGAGGUGGGAGCACAACAAAAAUCUGGAGUGCCAGGAGCAAGGCUACCAGCUGGAGCCGUAUCAAUGGCAGAGGGAGUGGGAGACUGUCGUGAGGCAUGCAUCCCCUGAUCCCACCCCAACUGCCACUCUGUACAGCCUCGAGGAGUUCCACGUGUUUGUCCUGGCCAACGUGUUACGGCGACCGGUCAUCAUGUACGCCUCCCAAAAGAUGCGGUCUUUCAACUCUGGAGGUACUAUGCAGACCAUCAACUUUCACGGUGUGUAUCUCCCUCUUCUCUGGGCUUCCAAUUGCUGCAAGAAAGACCCUCUCCCACUGAGCUACCAGGGUGGCCACUUUUCUGCUCUGGUGGUUAUCGACUCCUCCCAACAGUAUCGCGACGGGAAACUUGUCCUCCCUCUGGUCGAUUUCAAUGGUUACAGCCUUCCUGUGCGAUUCACGCUCGCAGGUGAAAAUCCACAAGAGCUUUUGAAUGACUACCUUUCGCUAGUUGACAUUCCUGAUACUCAAUCCAAAAGAAUGGUUCCUUGUGCUACAGUCAGUGUCAACACCAAGCCAACAUACUACGAGCGCCUGGUCGGGGCUUUCAUCGAUGCCUGCCACACGGUCCACUUCGCACAGCAACCACAACAGCAGGCGCAACAUAGUCAAAGUGAGAGUUACAGUGGUGGAAGUGGGGUGGUAGUUCGGGAUGGGAGAUACGCAUCAGCUGUGACAGCCCCAGUCGAGACGUCCUACUCUACAGUGGCCAGGCAGCCAACACAAGCUUCACAGGGAGGUGAACAGAGUGGCAAACUCAAGUGCAUCAACAACUGUGGGAUGUACGGCGAUCCAGAAACAGCAGGGCUCUGCACAAAAUGCCACGAGAAAACUCUAGCCGCAGUCCUCCAGCAAGAGUCACCCACCUCCCAGGCUCGUCGUCAGAGCGCCACUGACUCUGGGGCCACAGGCAUGUCUGGCCCUACAUCCAUCAAGUGUCCUAACUGCUCCCAGCCCGGCCACCCAAAGUACCUAGGCAUGUGUGAGAACUGCUAUCACGGCAGCCAGCAGAACCAGCCACAGUAUGGGAACCAGCCAGCCCAGCCUCAGUAUGGGAAUCAGACUCAGCCCCAGCCUCAGUAUGGGAAUGAGACUCAUCACAAACCCCAGUAUGGGAAUCAGACUCAGCCUCAGUAUGGGAAUCGGUUCCAGCCAUUGUAUGGGAAUGAACCUGGUGGCCAGCCUCAGUAUGGCAACCAGGGACCUCAAGACAACACGUAUGAGACUCUUGAUAGCUACCAGCAGAAGCCGGCCAUCCCUCCCCGACAGGGAGAGCAAUCCACCCCUCCCGUUCCCCUUCCCCGUUCAACUGCCUCACCCGAGGAAAGAAACAAGUGCAGAACGUCAAACUGCGAGUUCUUUGGGACAGCAGUGACACGCUUCUACUGCUCAAAGUGCUUCAACGAGAACAUGGACGCCAUAUUCAGAGAGACCGAGAGGUCUGGGGUCCCAAUGCCAGCUCCAGCCGAGAACCAUCUAUAUGAUCAGACUUACGCUACUCCAUACCACGGCCAGCUAGCUUCAUCCGCCCACACCUCUCCUUACCAUGGCCAGCAUGCUGCACCACCUCCAGCUGAAGAGCAGGGUAAGUGUACCUUGUGUCACGAUUACUACGGGAGCCCAGAGUAUGGAGGCCUCUGCCACGGUUGUCACAAGACGACAAAGGACACCAACAACAGCCCGGACAGGAAAUGCCUAAGCUGCCACGAGUACUAUGGUUCUGAAGAGUAUGGAGGACUAUGCAAUGGUUGCUUUCUGAGACGCACAGAGCAUGAGACACGUGCCCCAGCCUACCAACAGCCUGAAAAAGACACAUUUUCCUCAGCAGACCUUCCUCCAGCUGACUUCUCCUACUUUGACUACCAGCAACCGCUUUCUCCCAAGCCAGGCAACCAGCCACCGCAACCAGAACACCUUGCUGCUUCUCAAGUGCCCCAGCCUUACUUACAACCUGUGUAUAAGCCGAUGACAGAACCUCAACCAGGCGGUGUGGCUCAUUCUCAGGCCUCAGUAACAUCCAGGCCAGUUCCUAAGCCCCGUUCUCGUUCAGCAGUAACUACCACAUAUGCUCCAACCAACACCGCUCCUGUUGUUACGGCGUCAGACAUGACAAGUGCGAUGGCGGGAAUGAAUAUUUCAAGCACAAACCGAAAUCCCCCAAUAAUGAGCUGUUUUAUGUGUAUGGGAGUGACUCCAGAUUCUAGUGCACCUUCUGCUCUCUGUCCUCAGCAUGCCGAGUUUGUGACAAAGCUGCAGGUCGGACUAGCACCAUCAUCCCAAGUAAGUACUGGUGGACACCAGACACAGCUUUAUCAGACACCGUUAAAUGCGGGCCAGUCUCCGGGGAAUCGUGAUAUGGUACCCAAUUCAUCAUCGCAGUACUGGGCACAAUCACAUUCGCAAUCAAUCGCUUCGUCCGCUCGACCACAGCCCUACGAGACACAAUACAACAUGCCUCGCUCUACCAGCCCUGUGCCACAGAGCUCAGGGGGUGCCAUGGCUCACCUUCAACCAGCCAGUCAGUACGACACGGAAACAGUGAAGUCCAAGCCACCCGCCUCUCCCCAGCAUGGGGUAGGAUAUUUACAGCCAUACUACUCGUCUCAGGGUGCAGCACACUUUGAUCAACCAACCCCCAGUCAGUACCCUGUAGCUGGCACUCACAAUGUCCACCAGACUGGGUCCACAGUAGGUGGAGGUGGAGCCACGUUCAAUAACCUCAGCACAAACACCAGUGGGAGUGGGGUGUUGGCCAACCGCCAUCAGGAAGAGAUGGGAGCUGCAGGGGUUGGGAUGCAGUUGAGGCAGGCUCAGGGUGCCACUGGGUCAGGGGCAGGGGUUAUCAUGGGAGGAGGGGACGCCAUUGGAAUUCAGGCCGGGUUACGUGGAGCUGCUGAUGAGGCUACUGCACCAGCCGUGAAAGUACUAUGCAAGACAGCUGGCUGUUCCUUCUAUGCCAAACCAGAGUUGGAGAACCUGUGUACCAAUUGUUAUGAUGACUAUUAUUACGACGAUAAAAAACCAGACAACUAGCUACAUAUUAUGUGUAUGUCUGUAGCAGGUCAUGUGUGAAUGUGUGUGAUGCUGUUUCUAUUUUCGCUGCAAUGAUGUAAUGCAUACGGCUUGUACAUUCUUUAAAACCCUUUGGACACCAUGGGUAUCUUCUUAAAUAAGCAGAUCUAUGUAUAAAGUAUUACCGCCUAAUGUAUAAUUAUGACCCAA